AAGUUUUUAAUUAAAAAAUAUUAUCCUAUCACAAAAACAUCAACAAAACGACGCGUCGUGGCGUGCACGUGAUCUACAUGCAAAUCCACUUGAAUGUUAAAAUUCUUUAUUUGCGCUACUUGCGCAAUAACUCACUGGUUAUCGGGAUAAGGAAAGCCAUACUCACGGUAUCACACACAACCAAUCGAUUAGUCGUACCGCCGAGACUUUCAACGUCAGCUAUUAUGUCGAGUGAUUUGGACAUCGUAAAGUGUUUCGAGUUCGUGAAAGAAAUCACAUUGCAAGCUGGUGAGAUAUUUAAAUGCAAAUUCUACGCUGACAAAAACAUCACAGUGAAAACUGUGAACUGGGAUCUCGUGACUGAUGUUGAUGUUAAAAUUGAAAAAGUGUUUAUCGAUGCCCUGUCCCAGGAGUUUCCUGAUCACAGAAUUAUCGCGGAGGAGAUGAUGGGUACGAAACAAGAAAUGCCAGAAUUGACAGAUGCACCCACGUGGUUCCUUGAUCCAAUCGAUGGAACUGUCAAUUUUGUACAUACGUUUCUACACGCUUGCAUAUCUGUGGGCUUAACAGUCUGCAAAGAACCAGUCCUAGGCAUCAUCUACAAUCCUGUGACCUCGGAGCUGUACAGUGCGAUAAAAGGCAAAGGCGCUUUCCUAAAUGGAAAACCGAUUUGUACCUCCAAAGUCACUGCAUUAGAAAAAGCGAUGCUAGUGUUCGAGACAACAUUACUCAAAUUUUACACAAAAGACAGGGAUAUCUACGACAGCAGACUGAAUACCUUGAUCAAUAACACACAGGCGAUCAGGAGUAUCGGAUCAGCUGCAAUGUCAUUGGCAUAUUUAGCGCGAGGUGCGGUAGAUUGCGUUCAAAUAGAUGAUCUCAAAGCCUGGGAUAUUCUGGCGGGUAUCGUGAUUGUAUGUGAAGCAGGUGGAGCUGUCCUGGAUACGAAAGGUGGUCCUUAUAACAUUAUGAAGCCAAACACUGUCGCAGCGUCGAACAAACCUCUAGCAGAAGAGUUGUCCAAAUUAAUCGUCGAUACCGACUUAAAAACACGGAGGAAAAGGCUCAAGAGAACUUGUAAAGCGAAAGAUGACUCAUGCUAAAUGACUCAAAAGCUGAAUGUAAAAUAGAAGGAGGCGUGUCCCUAGUGAACCUGUCCUAGCCUAUCACGUAACAUAAGGAAAUUCCUUGUAAAAUCCAAUCUAAAACAGUUUCCGUCGAAAAAUCCCAUUGACGCAUUUAUAACUGUCGUUUGAAAUCAGAUUAGCGUUAAAAAUAGUAUACUGUCGCAAUGUUGAAAAAUAGAUUUAUACGAUCGUUUUCCGUUCUUCUUUCUAAUCAUUAUUAUUAUAAAUAAAUUUAUCCUAACAUAGAUAAUGAACUAUAUGCUUUGUAGUAAGAUUUCUCCAUAACAUUUAUAUUAAAUCUGUAAAAUAAAUAUAUAUAUAAAUAUAUAAAGUAACAUAUGAUAUAAAUCUAUGAACAUACUUUUGUGAAUAUAACGUCUAUCAGAUUUUUUCCUAUACAAUAAUGUAAAGCAGAAUAAAGUAAGAGAAAGAUAACUAUUUUUCCAUUAUGUAACAACUUUGUAAAUAAAAUUGUUUGCU